AAUUAUAAGUAGAGCAACACACCCUAUUGUAGAGUCUUCAGAUAAGGAAGCACGUUGUUUUAGCUUUGACAGAUCAUAGCAGCUUACAAUGGACUUUCAACAACAGGUUGAUGGAAUUGUAUCCACCGCUCAAUUCGGAGACUUGAUAGAAUUUAAAUACCCCAUAGGAUACUCACAUUGGGGUGUAUAUGAUGGAGAUGGAUAUGUGAUCCACUUUUCAGUAGCAGAUGAGAGCCAGUUGAUGAGUAACAUCCGCAAUUACCUGCAAACAGCCUUCCCAGUGUGUGGCGACCUACUUCUAGGGGAGACCCAAAUCCGAAGGCAGCCCCUUGCUGAGGUUAAUGUUCCUAAAGGAGCCCGUAUCAUUAUCAGUAACAGCCGCCAUGUCGACAACUCAUCAACUGAAAAAGAAAUGAGGAGCCGGCGUGAUGCUCUGCUCAACAAGGUGUUACCCUACCGACUAUUCACCCUGAACUGUGAACAUUUUGCCUCAUUUGUACGAUAUGGACAGGCUGUGUGCAACCAGAUUCCUGCAAGAGCCAAGAACAAGGAGUGUGAGGAAGCAACAGAAGUGUUCCAAGAUAUUGAGUCAUCGUACAAUAUUUCAAGGGCAUUAUGGUAUUAAAAAUUAACAUUAAAAUACUUUCAAAACUGUAGCAUAAAUGAUUGAGGUAUAGGCCAACUAAAUAACAUUUUAUACUGUGGAAGUUAAUAGGGUUUCAAUGGUUCCAAAAUAUUGAAUAUGUAUGUAAUAUAGGAACAAUAUGUGGACAAGUCAAGUAAAACAAAUGGGAAACUGUUAAAGCAAGCACUCUUUUAAGCCACAUAAGCCUACUGUAUUUAUGGUGUUCAAUAUUUCCAUAUAAACAUUUAUAUUGGCUUAA